AUGACCAAUGUUUUUUUGGUGAAAUUCUUGAUCAGUUUCUUUUGUUGGACUAGAGAUGCAGCUUUAACAUUUCAAGUUUUGAUUGAAAAUUUUAUUCAUGGAAGUACUUGGUUAGAACCUCUUAUUAAAAGUUACGUGGUGUCAGUUGGGACUAUUCAACGAGUCGAUAAUCCGUCAGGCACUCUUCUCUCCGAAGGUUUGGGGGAACCUAAAUUUCAUCCUAACCAGACUGCAUUCCUAGAGCCUUGGGGAAGACCUCAACGCGAUGGACCUGCCCUUCGCGCGUCUGGAUUAAUAGACUUUGGAUUUUCAAUCUGGUCGACUCAACCAGCUUAUGUUUCCAACGUAUUGUGGCCAAUCAUCCAGAAUGACUUGAGUUAUGUGGCUAACUACUGGAACAUGACUGGUUUUGAUCUUUGGGAGGAGAUCAACGGCUCAAGUUUUUUUACUAUAGCUGUACAGCACAAGGCAUUACGAAAGGGUUUCGAGUUCAGUAGCUUAUUCGGUUUGACAAACACAACCUACUACAAGAACUCUGGAAUGCUCUUAUGUUUCUUACAGUCCUUUUGGAACAAGAACUACAUAAUCUCCAAUCUGAACAAUGGACGUUCAGGUUUAGAUGUUAGUACGAUCUUAGCAAGUAUUCAUACCUUUUCAGCUGAUCUAGGUUGUGAUGAAGAAACCUAUCAACCUUGUUCGAGUCGAGCCUUAGCCAAUCAUAAAUCAGUCGUAGAUUCAUUUCGAAACAUUUAUCAUAUCAACUCGGGUUUCUCUCUUAAUGCUGCAAUAGCUAUUGGAAGAUAUCCUGAAGAUGAAUACUAUGAUGGAAAUCCUUGGUACCUUACUACUUUAGCUGCUGCAGAACAAUUGUACUCUGCUAUAAAUGUUUGGAAAACAGUUAAUCACAUCAACGUAACCGAAACCUCAUUUAAUUUCUUUCAAGCUCUUUUACCCAACAUCUCUAUUGGUUCAUACAACUCUGGUUCAAUGGUCUUUGAGAAUCUCUUGUUGAAUGUUAAAUCUUAUGCUGAUGGAUUUGUGAAUGUGGUUCGAGAUUAUAUUCCACCUAUUGGUCCUAUGCAUGAACAAUUUUCAAAGAUUGAUGGAAUGUCUGUUUCAGCUGGAGCCUUAACCUGGUCUGAUAUAUCAUUGUAA